AUGCCCCGGUGGCAUCAGGUGCUCCCAAUCCAUUCUCGUUGCUUCACGCAAAGAGCCUUCAGCACUGUCGUUCCUGAGAGAGUGGAAGUAAGAUGUGGCUCUGCGGGCCAUGUCACCAUUGACCUGUUCAACGUCCCUGAGACGUCUUCAAAUGAGCCCCUAUUAAUACAUAUGCCUCCGUUCCCCCAACCCGAUGGCUCAGCAUCUCAACUACCACCGUUUCUCCAGAACCGAUCAGUUGCCAGUAUAAAUUACCGAUGGCGUCCAUUUGCAGAGCCCCCAACUCAUGAUGAAGCACCUGGUCCAUUACACUGGCCCACUCCCAUUCACGACUCCGCGUUCGCCUUUUCCUGGCUCAUUGAGAACUUGCCACCACCAAAGAACAGCAGACGUGACAUUUACAUUUACGGCUCCUAUCUAGGCGCCAGCCUAGCGACGUCUCUGGCGCUCACAGAAGCUCACACACAUGCCAGAUUCGGCGUCAGGGGCUUCAUGGCCUACAAUGGCAUAUACAACUGGACAAUGUUCCUGCCAGAUCACCGAAUCAAUAAGGCGCCUAAAAGGACAAAGUCUGCAAGAGCUCCCCCAGGACCAGCAGAAGGUUCACAUUUACACAAACUGCAAGAGCACAUGCCUGCCUUGUUUGGCACCCCGUCGAACCUAUUCGACUCAUUUGCGAGCCCAAGCUUGUUCUUCCACAGUCCCGGCUUACUGGUCCCACCGUCUUUCCACAUGACUGUGGAACAUUCAGCGCUCAUUGAUAACAUGACAAGCGACCAAGAAAUUCCACCAAAACCCAUUAAAGCACCACGAAAGUCUCACCUAGUCUUUCCACCACGGCAGGCAACGCUCAGAAUUCCUGAUACCCUUCUUUUGUUUGAUUCUGCUCCAACGCCAGUCACCAAGUCGUCCGCUAAAUCCAAGAGUGUACGGUCAAGAAGAACCGCAAAGCGAACAGGUCACAGUUUUCAGGCACAAGCAUCCGAGUUGGCAGAACUCAUGAGGCGAAGUGUCGAAGUGGUGGAGCUGAAGGAACGUAGUAAAUGGGACGAAGACGUGCACAGUCGCGUUGAUGAAGCACUUAAGCGGGUUCGGGUAGUUGACGCAGGCCCAGAAAGAGAAAGCAUGGAGCUCAGUGAGGGCGGGCAAGAUGCUGUAGCAUCUUGGCUGGAAAGUAGAAUAUAG